UCUUUAGAUGUGGUGACCAUUGAGAAGACCGGAGACUUCUUCCGACUCUUGUACGACAUUAAGGGACGCUUUUCUCUGCAUAAGAUCACUGGUGAAGAGGCGAAGUAUAAGUUGUGUCGCGUGAAGAAGGUGUCGGUGGGUCCGAAAGGGAUUCCCUUCAUUGUGACCCAUGACGGCCGCACUAUCCGAUACCCGGAUCCGUUGAUUAAGGUUCACGACUCGAUUCGUCUGGAUAUCGCCACCGGAAAGAUCUUAGACUUCAUUAAGUUUGAAACGGGAAACCUCUGUAUGGUUACGGGUGGACACAAUUUGGGUCGCGUGGGGAUCAUCACGAGUCGGGAGAGACAUCCGGGAAGUUUCGAUAUCGUGCACGUGAAGGACUCCCAGGGACACACUUUUGCCACCAGAUUGGCGUAUAUAUUCGUGAUCGGAAAGGGAACCAAACCCUUCAUUUCAUUGCCCAAAGGAAGAGGUGUCCGAUUGACUGUCGCCGAAGAGCGUGACAAACGAUUGGCCAAUAAAGCCCAUUAAGUGAAGCGCUCCAGAAGAUAAUAAUGUAUUGAUUACUAUUACCAUAAAAAUCGAAAAUAAAUUUUUUGGAAAUAA